GUAGGUUGUGGAAAAAAUUCUGGAAAUGAUACAAAAAAUCCACAUGAUCAGGCAACCAUCACCAUGCAAACAACAACUCCAAUAGAACAAGGAGGUUAUUUCAGCUUGGGAGUUCCUCAAACUAUGAUCUGUGGAAAGUAUCCCUAUGGAGAUCAUCAAUAUUAUGGACUCUUCUCAUCCUAUGGACCUCAGUUUCAGGGACGUGUAAUGCUUCCAUUAGAUCACAACAAUGAUGAUGGCCCUGUCUAUGUGAAUGCCAAGCAGUAUCAUGGAAUAAUAAGGCGUAGACUGUCGCGCGCUAAAGCAUUGUCCCGACAAAAAGCACCCAAAAUUCGUAAGCCAUUCAUGCACCUGUCACGCCAUCUCCAUGCAAUGCGUCGUCCUAGGGGAUGUGGUGGCCGCUUCAUGAACACGAAGACCAUGGAAACAGGAAAGGAAACAACGAAACAAAUCCAAAAGAUAUCAGCUAACGGAGUAAUUUCUCAUACCACUGAUUCUCAAAGCUCGGAAGUCCUGCAAUCGGACUGUGGAUCUACUAAGAUGUCGUUCCUAGAAGUUACCAGUGACCCCUAUCCACCAUUCAUGUUCAAUCACAUCCGUCCGAUUGUUCAUGAUUUCUCAGGUAUGUUGAGCGCUGUUGGGCAUGGCGUUGUAAUGCCCAGCAAGUGGGUUGCAGCGACUGAUCGUCGCUGCAACCUCAACGCUUGACAUCAAUGGGGAUAAUGGGUUUGGUAUUUCGGUGCCAAACCCAUCCCCGAUACAACCAAAUGAAGAAACUCAAUUUGCAGUUCUGGAAAUGGGUUUCGGUUGAGAGGAUUGUCCCCACCAUCAUUUGGUUGUUUCCGGAAGGCAAAUCAUUCUUGGCUUGAUUGCAUUAAAGGUCAUCUUUGCUUGUUUAGUAGGGAUGGUAAAAGCCUUUGUGCAUUCUAUUAUGUAAACUUUUAACUCUAGACUUAAACAAUGAACAAUGGAGUAUUUGUUUAUUUCCAUUGUUAGAAUAAGAUGUGGUGUGUAGCUACUUAAAAUGCUUGUUUUGAAGGUGUUGUAGUUUUGUGAAAACCCAUUUAUCAAUUAUUGUAUUGGGUUUUACUUGUUUUUUUUGUAAAAGACUCCUACUUUGUUGUUGUUAUGUAAUAUGUUAGUGUGA